AUGGCGACUGCAGCAGCCCCCGAGUCUUCUCUGCUCUCUCUUCUCUACAGGUCGUACCCGAACGUUAUCUCUCCCAAUGCGACCGAGCCCGACUACCUCCACGCCUCCGCCAAGGUUUUCCCUCAGGUUGUCUUCGCCGAGACUGAGGAGGCCGACAUCAAGCAAUGGCUGCACACCGUUGACGGUCUGAAGAGCUCCCUCGCCAACGGUCAGAAGGAUGCUACUGAUGGCAUCCUCGGUCAGCUGAACAUCCAUCUGGCCACCCGCACAACCCUCCUCGGCGCAAAGCCCUCGGUCGCUGAUAUUGCCGUCUACGCCCUCCUCGCCCCCGUCGUUGAGAAGUGGACUCCCGAAGAGCGCACCGGUGAAAAGGGUUACCACCACAUCGUUCGCCACAUCGACUUCGUCCAAAACGGCCGCCUGUUCUCUCUCCAGAUCCCCGAGGAGGAAAAGAUCGCCAUUGACGUUAACGACGUCAAGUUCGUGCCCAAGCCCGUCGACCCCAAGGAGGAGAAGGAGCGCAAGAAGCGUGAGAAGGCGAACGCUGCCAACCCCGAAGCCAACGCCGACGGCAAGCCCCUCGUCAUCGGCCAGGCCAAGGCCGACAAGGCCGCCAAUGCCCAGAACCAAUCUGGUGCUGACGCUGCCGCCGCUGCCGGACACAAGACCACCAAGAAGGAGAAGAAGGAGAAGGCUCCCAAAGCCCCCAAGGCUGCUCCCGCUCCCGCCGCUCCCCCUGCCCCCUCACUCAUCGAUCUGCGCGUCGGCCACAUCCUUCGCGCCAUCAACCACCCCAACGCCGAUUCAUUGUACGUCUCCACUAUCGACUGUGGUGAUGCCCCUGGCUCCGACAACACCUCCCUUGACGAGGAGACUGGCAAGACUGUGCGCACUGUCUGCUCUGGUCUGAAUGGUCUGGUCCCCCUGGAGGAGAUGCAAGGCCGCAAGAUUGUUGCCGUCUGCAACUUGAAGCCCGUGACCAUGCGUGGCGUCAAGUCCUGUGCUAUGGUUCUCGCCGCCUCCCCUCGUGUCGCCGAGGGUGAGGACUCGCACGCCGGCCCCGUUGAGCUGGUGAACCCCCCUGCGGAGGCUCCCGCAGGUGAGCGCAUCAGCUUCGAGGGCUGGAACGAAGGUCAGCCUGAGAAGCAGCUCAACCCCAAGAAGAAGGUCUGGGAGACUUUCCAGCCUGGCUUCACCACCACCGCUGAUCGCGAGGUUGCUUUCGACAGCAGCGCUGUUCCUUCAGUUCACGGCCAGGAGGGCAAGCCUGCCCUUGGAAAGCUAGUCGCUGCCUCCGGUGGCAUCUGUACUGUUAAAAGCUUGACCAACGCUACCGUCAGGUAA